UCUCAACCUCCCUAAAACCCUCUAUCAGAGCUCCAAACAAUUUCCAUGGCGUCCGCUUCACCUCUUCACUUUUGGAUGACAAAUCAACUUCCUUCAACUUCAUAUAUCCCUAACCCUAACCCUAACCAUCGCCUUCUUCACAUUCCAGCUAUCUCUGUAAACCUACGGCAAUUGUCUUCUCGUUGCUCCGUCGUUACUUGUGCUCGCCGUCGUAGCAGCAAAAGCAACUCUGCAGUCCCUUCCUCCAAGAAGAAGAAGCAAGGCUUGGGUCGAAGUAGUGUUGGUAAGGAAGAAGAUAUUGAAGAGGAUGCUUUUGAAGCACUCUUUAAGCAACUAGAAGAGGAUCUUAAAAAUGAUGGCUUAUCAUUUGAUGAUGAUGAUGAUGAGAUAAGUGAAGAAGACCUUAUAAAGCUUGAACGUGAGUUAGAGGAAGCACUAGCAGAUGAUGAGUUAGUUGCUUUGUUUGAUGAUACUAUCGAUGAGGUAAACAAGGUCAAAGUCAAAGAUAACAAGGUGAAAAACACAAUAGAUAUAAUGGUGAAUGAAGCAACUGAGGAGACUGAAACACAAGAUGAAGAUGAUGAUGAAAAUGAAGAUGAAGAUGAAGAUGAAGAUGAAGAUGAAGAUGAAGAAGGACCACUGGAACUGAAAAGAUGGCAGAUGAGGAGAUUGGCUUAUGCACUAAAAAAUGGACGCCGUAAGACUAAUAUCAAGAAUCUGGCUGCAGAUUUAUGUCUAGAUAGAGCUAUUGUUCUUGAAUUACUUCGUGACCCUCCUCCAGAUCUUCUUAUUCUGAGUGCUUCAUUACCGGAUAAACCUGAAUCAACAAUUUUGGAGCCCAUAAUAAAUCCCGAAGAUGCCCUUCUGUUGAAAAGUGAAAAAAAUGCAAUAAAUUUAAAUGUGCAUUUGGAAACCCUUGAAAGAGUUUAUAGACGAUCAAAACGUCCCACUAAUGCUAUGAUUAGUAACAUUGUGCAUGUGACGAAUAUACCCCGCAAGAAAGUUUUGAAAUGGUUUGAAGAUAAACGUGGUGAAGAUGGUGUUCCCAAUCAACGCCUUCCAUAUCAACGGGACACAGAAGCAGAAAAUGAACAUUAGAUUAGCUCUGGAGACGCUACAGAGGGCGAAAAGGUAAUUUAGGAUAGAGGGUUCAUGAAGGGUGGUAUAGAAGGUAGGAGUGAAGAUCAUAGGCAUGUUAUGGUUUUGGAGCGU